UGGUCCCAGCCAGCCAUGGGGGUCGCGCUGCCUCCACAGGUCCCCCGGCGUUGGUUCCGCCGUACAAUUCCUCUAGCCAUCUUCGCGCUGCUACUUUUUUAUCUCUGUGCUCGGAGCCUACGUGCCCUCUCAGGCUGCUCAUCUGGGGCACUGUUCUGCAUUGCCGACGGACCGCCGUCUUUACAGGUGCAGCAAGAGUCGGGAUCCCUGGAGGCCCCCGAACGAGAAGAGCCGCAGUGUCUGGGCCCCCAGGGGAUGCUGGGCCGCAUAAUAAAGCCUUUUCGCGCUAGUCUGAACCCCGAAGGGGAUGUGGAGUUGUCGCAGUACCUGGCGGGAUGGAGGGAGUUAAUCAAGUUCCUAACCCCCUUCGGCUCCAUCUUCGCCUUUGCCACAGGCGAGGCCUUCACCAAAGUAACAGCCCUUGAGGCUCGGGUGCACGGCCCAGAAGCCGCGCACUAUAAGUCUCUGGCGGCCAUGGUGGCGUGGGAGCGGCGGGCGGGAUUGCUGGAGCUGCCUGGGAUCGGCCCCCGAGACUCUACCAGGUCCUCCGGCUCACGAACAGCGCUCCUGCUGCACCGAGCGCUUCGCUGGUCCCAGCUCUGCCUCCACCGGGUGGCGACUGGCACGCUCGGAGGCCCAGGUGCCGGCGAGCAGUGCCACGACGCCUACAACACUGUCCUGGCCCCGCACCAUCACUGGCUGGUCCGUCAGGCCGUCCGCCUCGCAUUCCUCUCCUUCCCUGGUCGCGGCCGCCUGCUGGAGCUGGCUUGUCCGGGAACCAGAGAGGAGGCGGCGCGGGCCGCUGUGGUCCGCGCCGCGGGCACCCUGGAGGACGUCUACAACCGGACCCAAUGCUUGCUGGCCGAGGGCGGCCUGCUCCAGCUAGCCUAAGGCCAGCAGUGGGCCGCGACUCGCUGCAGGCGCUUAAGGGACACAGAAAAAUAAAUGGUUCUGGGAAGAUGUAUCAUCCGUGUUCCUGGCAGCCGAGAAAGAUUCAUGCUUCCCUUGGCUAUCUCAACCACUCCUAUGGCUUCCCUUGCCAACUACCUGCCAAGUCGCCAGCCCAGGCCUGUUUCCUGAGCUCCAGCCCCAUAAAGCCAAAUAUAUCCUGGACACCUCCGCAGACACCGCGAAUGCAACGCAUUCAACUGGGAUCCAAUCGCAUCCUCCAAAAACUUCACCUCUUCUUGUGCUCUUUGUCUCUAUGAAUAAGUGGCAACCUCUUCUGUCAACUACCGAAACCUAAAACCGGUGCAUCGUGCCUCACACCAAGCAGAAGCUCAGCUCAGUAUGUGUCUUUAUUAAAUUACGUUUCAGCCACUCCCACGACGAUCGUGAACACGAAAGAGCUUAGCCAUUUCAUACACUGAUAACUCCCAAAUUAUAACUCCAACCACUUUCCCCUAAACUCCAGAAUCCUAUCUAUAUAGUUCCUCAUUCAACAUCUACACUUGGAUUUCAACUAGACAUUACAAGCUUAACAUGCCCAAAACUUCUGAUACACUCUCCUCCCAAAAUACUCCUUUUGUCUUUGUUAUCUGAGUAAAUCACAAUUCCAUUCUUCCAGGUCUUUAUGCCAAAACCUUGUAGUCAUCUUGACUCUCUUGUUUCUAUUUCAUUGCACCCACAUCCCAUUUGUCAGAAUCUGAUCAUUCCUGCUAUCUCCUCUACUACCACAUUUGUCACGCCAACUUUAUCACCAAGAUAAUUGCAACGGCCUUGUAAUCGUUUCUCAGUCCCACGCUUUGCCUCCCUAUAGUAUAUGUUCAAUAGAACAGCCAAAAUGAUUCUUUAAAAUGGAGUUAAUAUCAUGUUGCUUCCCUGCUCAAAACCUUCCAAUGGCUUCUUAUUGCACUCCGAUGGAAAAAAAAAUAUGUAAGCAGGAAAUUUUCUGGAUUAUGUUUUCAGUUCAGAAUAACAAAAAGUUUCAUAAGGGUCCUACCUGAUCUGACUCUGCACUAGCCAAAUUGACCUCCUCAAUAUUCACUGAACAUGUCAGAUUUGAUUCUGCCUCAACCUUUGCACUUGCUCUCCCCUCUGUCCAUAAUGCUCUUCCCACCGCAACUAAACAAAGGACUUCCCUCCUUACUUCCUUUGGUCUUUACCAAAAGAGACAUUUAUCAAAUGUCUCUUCAGUGAGACCUUUCCUGAUUAUCCUUCCUAAAAUUUCAACAUACACACAUUUCCUAUCUCCCUUCCUUGCUUUUUUUUCUUCUUAUACAGUUCACUCUCUAACAUAUUAUAAAUGUUUGUUUUGUUUUCUCACCCUAUAUAUGUAAGCUCCACGGGGCUAGAAUUUUCUGUCUAUUUUGUUUCCUGAUGUACCUUCAGUGCCUCAAACAGUGCUUGGUAUCUAGUAGACAUUUAAUAGUUUCUUGUUGAGUGAAUGCAUGAGGACUAAAAAUAGUUCAGAUGGCAGGAGCCAAGAGAAUCAAAAAGAAAAGAAGAGGAUUGCACAACACUGUCAAUGUACUCGAUGUUACUAGAUUGUACACAAAAAUGGUUGAAAUGCCAAAUUUUAUGUUAUGCUAUUUAUAUUUUACUACAAUAAAAUUUUUCAAAGUAAAAA